UAAAAAUACCUAAAAUACCCAUAUCUAAAAAAUGAGCCCAAUUGAAAUAAAUAAUAACGACCCAAUAAAAACCCUAAAAUCCUCUUCCUUCAUUCUUUCUUUCUGCUUGCCGUUGCUUCCUUCCGCCUCUAAGUUUAUUCUUCAGACCUGAAAAUAUGGCAGAAGAGGAACCAAAGGCUCUUAACUAUAUUCCAGAGGUUAUAUUAAAGAAAAGGAAAAACAGUGAAGCAUGGGCGUUGAGAAAAAAGGACCAAUUGCAGAAAAAAGAUUUCCAGUUGAGGAAAUCCAAGGACUUUAUUAAAAAGCCUGAGGAUUUUAUUCUCGAAUAUCGUAACAGGGAGGUCGACCUCAUUCGAAUGAAAAGGAGGGUCAAGAGGAGACGGGCAGAAAAAUCAACCCCAUGCAACAAGCCCAUAAUAGUCAUUCGUAUACAGGGGAAACAAGACAUGCAUCCUACAACCAGAAAGCACUUAUUCAGUUUGGGAUUGAGAAGAAUAUUCAGUGCUGUCUUUGUUAAACCAACUGAUGGAGUGAUGGCCAAGCUGGCAAGAGUUGAACCAUAUGUUACCUAUGGAUAUCCAAAUCUUAAAAACAUAAAGGAGCUAAUUUACAAGAAGGGACAUGCAAAAAUAGAUAGGCGAAAAGUUCCUUUGACAGAUAAUAACCUUAUUGAGCAGGAAUUAGGAAAGUUUGGUAUCGUUUGCAUAGAAGACAUGGUUCAUCAAAUUGAAAAUGUUGGUCCACACUUUAAGGAAGUUGUCAGAUUUAUGUGGCCCUUUGAACUGAACAAGCCAGCUGACGGAUUGAAAGGAUUGAAAAAUCGUUUCAAGAUUGGUGGAGAUUCAGGGGACCGUGAGGAUCUCAUCAACGAGCUCAUCAAUAAAAUGAAUUAAUAUAGGUCAAAGUUUUGUGGUUUGUCCUGAACAUCAACGAGCUCAUCAACAAAAUACUAUCAAAGUUUUGAUGGUUUGUAUUGUCCCUCACAUUAAUUUUGAUGGUUUGUCACUAAAAAGCAUACUACCUUUUAUUGUUAUGUAGUAUUGCUGCGCCUUCAUUUAUUAACUUUAUCCCUUUUUGUUAUCCUUUAUUUAUGAGUUCGUCGACAACAAUGAUAGGAGGGAAGCAAGGGUUUGGUUGAAUGUAUUCGAUGUUACUUGAAACCAUGCUCUAUUUGCUGCUUUUUCAAUAUUAAAAACUGUGUUUUGGGUACUGAAA